AUUUUUGAUCCCCCGAUGAAACUGACUGGGGGUUGCAAUUGGAUUUUCCGGGGAUCCAAAGUCGAUGAUUUGGAAUGAAAAAUUAUCGGUUUUUGAUGUGAAAUGUUCGUCCUGUGUCAUUUUUUGCGAUGGUGCGUGGUUCGUAGCCGUCAAUUUGAUUCCCCAAUGCGUGCCAGCCGCUGACUUGGACCAUCCCGACGCGCCCCUUGUGUUGUUGUGUCUCUUCUUUUUUAAAAUUUCCUUCUUUCCGUGUUUAUUUAAAUUAUUAUUAUUAUUAUAUAGUUGUUGUAUUGGAUGUAGUCGGGAUGGCCAGCCUGGACUCUCGGUUGUUUUUCCCCCCAAUUGCUGCAAGUUUCCUCUUUGUCUUCUUCUUCUUCUUCCUCCUCCGGAUUCAAGUUCAAUCUCCUCCCCUCUUUUCACAUUGCCACUUAUCAUCUGUGUCAAAUUUGUUUUGCAAAUUCUCUUUUGUAGCUCUCUACUUGUCGUCGAUUCGGAGCGGUGGCCGCCGGCGGAGGUGCUCGGAGUCGGAGGGGUAGCGUAUAUGUGACGCCUGCUUUGCCCUUGCCUUGCAGAUUGCAGGCCAUGUCAUGUGCCCAGCAAGACAUGGAUCCACCAACAAGGGACGCUUUGUCUGAGGCUUUAGAUGGUAAUCGCAGCGAUCACAGCGUGUAUGAUGCAGAGCAUUCUGGACAGAACGGAAUUGGGGAUACCAAAAAGCGUACAAGCAGCAGCGAUCUAUCCACAGAUGACAAUUUCUCCUCUAGUGCUUUGCAGAGCAAACAUGAACAUAUGAACCGUGAUGCUCUUUCUAUAGAUGACCGCUCGGUUAAGUCUGGUGAUGAAUCCGAUGGGGCUGAGAGUACCAGUGGCAAAAGUGGCAGUAUUGACUCAACAUGCACUGAAAAUGAUAGCAUCUGGAUACCACCUGAAGCUGCAGACAAGGAAUAUGAGGCUGACAGUGUUUCUGGAAAGAUUGCUUACGCUGACGACGACGAUGAUUACAGUGAUGGGAUCAAGUGGGGCCGGUCAAGUUUCCCAGCCACUAAUGAGGAGCAGGAGGUCAGCCACAAUACUAGGGAUGAGCGAGAAAGCGCGAUGCUAGAUGCCAUGAAUGGGCAGUUAAAGAUACUUGUAAGUCGGUUCCUGGCCUCUGCUGGUAUCUCCUUUUCCAAAGGAGAGAGCGGUGAGAGUUGGCUUGAUAUCCUUACCUCCCUAUCGUGGGAAGCUGCACUACUGAUCAAACCAGAUGCUAGCAAGGGAAAGGAAAUGGACCCUGGAUCUUACAUCAAGGUCAAGUGCAUAGCAUCUGGUACUCGUCGGCAAAGUGAGGUGAUCAAGGGGUUAGUCUUCAAGAAAAAUGCUGCUCACAAGCACAUGCCGACCAGUUGCCACAAUCCUAGACUGCUGCUUCUCAAAGGAGUCCUUGGGCAUUCUGAUGUUGGUUUGUCAUCAUUCAAUUCAAUGGAUCAGGAAAAAGACCAUCUGGAGAGGGCUAUUAGUAAAAUGAUGGAAAUAUGUAGUCCUAAUGUUAUUUUGGUUGAGAAAACUGUUUCACGGGAUAUACAAGAACUUCUUCUGAAAGAAGGUGUUACUCUAAUUUUCGAUAUGAAGCUCAAUCGGUUGGAAAGAAUUGCUCGCUGUACGGGUUCUCCCAUAAUCUCAUUCUCAGAAGUCUUGGAUAAACCAAAGCUGAAACGUUGUGACUCGUUCCACAUAGAAAAAUUUAUUGAGGAGCAUAACAGUGCCAGUGAUGGUGGAAAAAGGCUAUCGAAAACAUUAAUGUUCUUGGAAGGCUUCCCCAAACCGUUGGGUUGUACGAUAUUGCUAAGGGGUGCAAAUAGUGAAGAACUGAAAAAAGUCAAGCAAGUCAUGCACUACACAGUAUUUGCAGCGUACCACUUGAUUCUUGAAACAUCAUUCUUUGAAGAUCAGAGGAUAUUUUUGAAUGAUCAAAAUGCUUCAAGAGAGAAUUCUGUUACUGCCAUGGCAGGGCCAUCAGCAAAUGGUUACGAUCCAUCUGUUCUUUGUGCCUCUGACUUUCCUUCACGAGAUGACUCUCCAGCACUUAGACUGUACCAUGCCACUUCUAAUGGCUACACUGAUGUGAAGAAAUCCCUCAGUUCAUCAACAAAAGUAGAUGCUCCAAGUUCAAUAACAAACAGCUCCUCGAGUGUUGGAGAAGAUGCAAGUAUCCGAUACGACUCAAAGCCACCACUUCAUUCUCAAAGGUUACCAUCACCAGUCCCAGGAACGCUAAGGAAAUACGUUGGCAUGUUAUCUCAUCAGAAUAUUUAUUUACCUGUCACAUCCUUGCAAGAAACAUCUGCUACCCAGAUAGAAGGCGAGGUUGAAUCUGGUAAAGAAAUUGUCAGUAAUGGUUUUCAUGUUGGGUCAAAGGUGGAAGAGCCUGCAGUUUCUACUGCAAAUGUGGAUUGCUCACAAGAUCACCAGAGACAAGAAAGAAUUCAAGAUAUAAUGCCAACAAAUUCUACGCACGACAAACGUGAAGAAUCACCUGUUAUGGUAGAAGAUGGGGAACAACAUAGCACCAUUGAUAUCAUUAGCAAAGAGAAAACUACUAACGAAGAUCAAGCGGAUGAUGCCCUUGAUACUCACAGCAUAUUAAUUUUGAUGUCCAGUCAAUGCAUAACAAAGCAGGUUAUUUGUGAGCAGAGCCAUCUUUCUCGUAUAAAAUAUUAUGGGAAUUUCGAUGUGUCCUUAGGGCGAUAUUUGCAAGACAUUUUGCAGAAUCCGGUUUUGCAGAAUCAGAAACUGAGCUGCUCUUCAUGUGGAGAGUUUCCAGAGUCUCAUCUGUACUCUUACACUCAUCGGAAUGGGAAUUUGACCGUUCGAGUCAAGCAUUUGGCGCCUCAACAUCAUUUGCCUGGUGAAUCUGAAGGGAAAAUAUGGAUGUGGACCAGAUGCUUGAGAUGUGAGAAUGAACAUGGGAUGUCCAAAUCGACUCCAAGAGUGCUCAUAUCAUCUGAAGCACGAAGUCUCUCUUUUGGAAAAUUCCUAGAACUCAGUUUUUCAAGCCAUUCUGCGGCAAGAAGGCUUUCAAUAUGCGGACAUUUGGUGAACAGGGACUGCUUGCGCUUUUUUGGGUUGGGCUCGAAAGUUGCAAUGUUCCGGUACUCAUCAGUUGAAAUUUAUACAACCUGCAAACCACAAACCACUCUCCAGUUUGAUAAUCCCUGCAGGCAGGAUUGGUUUAAAGAAGAGAGGAGAUAUGUUCUUGCUAGAGGUAUAAAGCUUUUUUCUGAGGUUGCAAGCAUGCUACAACCCUUAAAGGAUCAGCUUCUUGAUGUGACAACAACCAAUUGCACCGGCUCUCUCCCUGUUAAAGACUUCUCUGAACUUGAAGAGUUGUUGAUCAAAGAAAAGGCCUUUUUUGAGGAUUCUCUAGAAAAGACAAUUAAUCAGAAUGAGAAUCUAUCUGCAUCUGUGCAUGAACUUGUUGAUAUCAAUUGGUCCUACCAGGAUCUUCUACUUGAACUUUAUUUGUGGGACCGUCGACUGGAUCAACUUACUAAGUGUGUUUCAGCUGGACAAGAGCGUGUUGUUAGUUGCAAAGAUCCUUUUGAUACUGUUGUCAAGAAUAUUAGGGUAAAUCAGGAGAUUGAAAAUAAAGCUGACGAAUUGACAUGUGAUAGAACUACAUCAGUUUUGAGCGCAGUUGGUUUGACUGAGUGUCCAAGUAAUAGAAAUUACAUUGACCACCAAUCAGUUGACAUUGAAGCACCCGUGCUUACUGAAAAUCAGGGGGCUGGGUGUGCUCAAUUUUCUUCCACUGGAGGUAGAAAUGAUGAAGACUCUUACACUGCUCCUUGUCAACUAGAGGUAGAUAGCAUGGCACAAACCAAAGAAGUUCCUUCAUUUGAAAUUUCAGAGGUUCAGGGUGAUGGGAUAGUUGUUCAUCCAAUUUCUUUGGACCAGGAGCCUUCAAACGCUCCCAAUCAUUUCAGAAAAAUUCCAGACUGGGAUACAGGGGAAGGGUGGAUUUGGAAUUCUUUCCAUGAAUGUCAAUUGGCUUACAGAAAGGACAUACAAAAUGAAAUUUUGGAUAAAUUUGAAAUUGUCAACCGUUAUUCUCCGUCUCAUAUGUCUCCCUUGUUUGAGCAACAUGAAGAAGUGAGCUCUCCACAGUUCACUGUUGGUCCAGGUGGUAAUAUUUUAUCUGUACUGGAGGAUGAGAUAUCUAGUAUAAUAGCCCGUGCUCUUGCUGUAUCUGGGGAACACCGCCAUUUAGUGGAGAAUGAAACAGAGGGUGCCAGGUUGGAGCAUGCUAAAACAAUGGAAAAAUCAUAUAGCUUUAUGUCUGGAAGUUCUCUUGACUCAUCACCAUGGUCAUCUAUCGGAUCUUUAGAUUCCGAAGCAAGUUUUUUGUCUCUUGGUUCAUCAGUUUCAUCAGAUGACCUAUCUGGUUAUGAUAGCUUGCCUUUGUUCUCUUCAAUACAUCCAGAAGUCGCUGUAAAUGGAAAAGUAGCUCUCAGAGGCAAAUAUUCUGUUACUAGCAUAUAUGCUAAACAAUUCCAAGAUCUUCGAAAGAAGUGCUGCCCAUCUGAGCUUGCAUAUAUUACUUCCCUAAGUCGCUGCAAGAAGUGGGAUGCUCAGGGUGGAAAAAGUAAAGCUUUCUUUGCAAAGACAGUGGAUGACAGGUUCAUCAUAAAGCAAAUAAAGAAGACAGAGUUUGAGUCCUUCAUAAAAUUUGCCCCUGAUUACUUCAAGCAUGUUUACCAUUCUCUAGACACUGGAAGCCAAACUUGCCUUGCCAAAAUAUUGGGAAUUUAUCAGGUUAAGCAAACAAGGCAUGGAAAAGAGAUAAAGAUCGAUCUGUUGGUGAUGGAAAACCUUCUCUUCGGGCACAAUAUUUCACGGAUUUAUGAUCUUAAAGGUGCUAUCUUUUCACGACACGUUGCACACUCCAAUGACCGUAAUACUGUUUACUUGGAUCAAAACUACGUCGAGGACAUGCGUGUUUCUCCGAUUUAUAUUGGUGGAAGAACAAAGCAUCUUUUGCAACGUGCAAUCUGGAACGACACAUCAUUCCUCACUUCGGUCAACGUUAUGGACUAUUCUCUGCUUGUGGGAGUGGACAAAGAAAAGCAUGAGCUUGUAUUUGGCAUCAUUGAUUAUCUGAGGCAGUACACUUGGGACAAGCAGCUGGAAACAUGGGUGAAAAGUUCCCUAGUAGUGCCAAAGAAUGUUUCACCAACUGUAGUUUCACCCAAGGAGUACAAGAAAAGGUUCCGGAAGUUCAUGGCGAAGCACUUCCUCACAGUUCCAGAUACAUGGAGUUCAGAGAAUUCUUCCGGACCAAGCAAAUCGUUUGGGCAUAGCAAUAACAUGUUGGUAGAAGUCCAUAGUGAUGACAAUCUGCUUCAGCAUCCAAUUGAGGCUGAGACAGUUGUAUAAAUGACUUCUCUGACAGUUGUUGAAUCCUAUCCUGUUGCUACUUGGCUUUUUUUUUUUCAUUUUGUAAAAUGGUGUACAUAGGAGGGCCUCACUCACUAAUUGAUUUUGGCAACCCCAGAGAAGUUUGCAGAUUUUAGGCAAGUCGAUGGGGGGCAAGUGAGGCCUACAGUACAUGUAUGUAUACAAAUGUUCAUUGUUAAUUUCACAGUUAUUACAGUGAAAUUGCAAAAUUGAUGAUUAUUCUGAACCUCA